AACAGGGGAGACUCCUCCUCCUCCUCCUCCUCCGUUAGUUCUGCUUCUUCUCCGCUCGCGCGCUCCCUCAGUAGCACUGCCUCGAUUUACGGCAGCUGAAAAAGGGACGUAAAAGCGCCGCCCGGGCGAAGAGGCUGGCCGAGAUAGACCAGGAUUUUAUAUUUUACAGCAAUUAACAUCUGUCAGAUACGAACUUCCAACACUCAAAAAUCCAUGAGUGGGAAUCGAUCCUUGAAGAAACGAUGUGGGGAGUUGCAACUAGAAUCCCCAGUACGUUAUGGUCAUGUCUCUUCUGCAGGAUGUUCAUUAAGCAAGUUAAUUCAGUUGCCUACACCACCCUUGUCAAAGCACCAGCUAAAACGAUUAGAAGAACACAAGUAUCAAAGUGCUGGACGAUCCCUACUUGAGCCACUGAUGCAAGGUUAUUGGGAAUGGUUAGUCAGAAGAGUACCAGCUUGGAUCGCUCCUAAUCUGAUUACAAUAGUUGGACUGAUAAUAAACAUCUGUACAACCGUAAUAUUAGUGUGUUACUGUCCAACAGCUACAGAGCAGCUGGCUCUGGGCAGCAUUACCUUGGUGCGGCUUCCAGCUGAUCCGGUUUUUGUGGUUUUGGGAACGUGUAUUGCUGUGCAACUGGGAACAAAUCCUGACUGGAUGUUCUUUUGUUGUUUUGCUGGGACGUUCAUGUUUUACUGUGCACACUGGCAGACCUAUGUUUCUGGAACAUUACGCUUUGGAAUAUUUGAUGUUACAGAGUCUGAACUCUGUAUUAUAAUAACUCAUCUUCUCACAGGAACUCUGGGACCUGGUUUCUGGAAUGACACGCUUCACCUCUUUGAAGAGAAGAAUCCCAGAGUGUUGGAAGCAUCUCUUUUCAUAAGAAUUGAUGUGACUGAAGUGCAAGUCUUCAUAAUAAUCAUGCAUUUACUGGCAGUGAUCGGAGGACCAACUUUUUGGCAAACUAUGAUUCCAGUGCUAAACAUCCAAGUGAAAAUUCUUCCAGCUCUUUGUACUGUAGCAGGCACCAUAUUCUCAUGUACAAACUACUUUGGUGUGAUCUUCACAGGUGGUGUUGGCAAAAAUGGAUCAACUAUAGCAGGAACAAGUGUCCUUUCACCAUUUCUUCACAUUGGAUCAGUCAUCACAUUAGCUGCCAUGAUCUACAAGAAAUCUACUGUGGAACUCUUUGAAAAACAUCCUUGCCUCUACAUACUGACAUUUGGUUUUGUUUCUGCCAAGAUAACUAACAAACUGGUGGUGGCGCAUAUGACUAAAAGUGAGAUGCAUCUUCAUGACACAGCAUUUAUAGGCCCAGCACUUUUGUUCCUUGACCAAUAUUUUAAUAGCUUUAUUGAUGAAUAUAUUGUACUUUGGAUUGCCAUGAUCUUUUCUCUUUUUGAUUUGCUCCGAUACUGUGUCAGCGUGUGCAAUCAGAUUGCUUCCCACCUUCACAUCCAUGUUUUCAGAAUCAAGACUUAUUCCACAUACUCUAAUCAUCACUAGUUAAUUUGGUGAUUGUCACAAUAAGAAACAACUGUUUUCUACUGGAGAGAAUACAAACAUACUGGGGAGACCAUGGAAACUGGAGCAUACAGGAAGAAAUCUCAUUUAUAAUAAUGUUAUAUAACUUCUUCUCUUUGUUACGGAUGAUACUCCUUAGCUAACCUCCAGUGAAACAGGAGUCCUAAGCACUCUCCAGUCAAACGUGCAUUGUUUGCUCUGCUGGUGGUGUGCCCAGGAAAGCAUGCAGAGAGUAAAGCUUUGUCUUUGUAAUUACCUUGACUACAGGACAAACUCAUGGGUAUACGGAUUCCCCACAACAGGAACUUUUAACAUGUAAUUACAAGCUAUAAGACAAUUCGCUUUCUAAUUUUAAUAAAUCAUCUCUUAGUAAAAUAUUCAUUUAGAACCCACUCAAAAAUAAUUACUAAUGAGUUGAGCUUGUAUGACACACAGAUAUCCCACUAGCUUGAGUGGCUGGAAUGUCUUGGACGUGAUUCUAGAUCUCAUUAUUCACCUAUUGCUGAUAACUAAAGUAGAUUAUUAAGUCCAAAAUGACACUUUCACAUUACUCCCUUGAAACUAGGCCUCUAGAAGUGCCAUUUUUGGAAGCAAUCCACCAUGGUUGAGCAGUCUUGUUCAUUUCAAAUGAGUGGUGUGGGUCUGCUGAAUGCAAAUCGCUCAGCCACUGUGCUUGAUGACUUGCACCUUUGUCAUUAAAGUACUAUCCCCAAUACCCUGUGAUGGCAGGUGUGGGGGGUGUUGAUUGUCAGCAUGCAGUACAGUGUGGUAUCUGUCAGUUUAUUUUUUAAAAUAAACAUUUAAAGAGUUUAUUUCUCCAUUUUCUUCAGUGAAAAGUCUAAAAAAUUACUUUUUUGUAAAAAAAAUUUAUGCAAAAAUUAUUUCUGCUCUUUAAUAAAUAAGAAAAUUCUCAUAACUGUGC